CUGCUUACUUAUCUUUCUCCUAUUGUGCAAUUAUACAGGGACCUCUUUUAUUAAAGUAUUUCUGAUUUCAAGUGUUUUUUUGUUAAGAAUAUGUAAAUAAUGGUUUCUUAUCAAUGUCGAACUUGUUGUGAGGAUAAUGUUGGCAGUUUCUAUUCUCUUGAAGAACUGUUGGAUUACGAUCGUCACCCUAAAAAAACUGUAGCAGAUUUUCUAUGGGACAUAGCUAAAAUUAAUAAUAACACUGAAGUUGCUAAACGUUUACCACAGGAUAUUUGUGGAGAGUGUUCACGUAAGCUUAAAAAUACGUAUUCAUUUGUACUUCAAGCGCAAGCAGCAAAUAAAAAAUUACAAGCUACUUUGUACAUCGAAAAUGUUAAAACUUAUACUACUAAGGAACUAAUAGAUAAGCAGAAUGACUGUUUAUUGGAAUCGCCCAUUGAUAUACCUAUUCGACAAACAGAAAUUAAAAAGGAAGUCACAUUCGAGCAAGGAGAUGAAAAAAGCGAGCAAGGAGAUGUAGGCAAUGAAGAAUUCGUUAACAUCGGUAAAAAUGAAUGUGAAAUCGUGAAAACUGUGGAUGAAAUAGUACAGUUUGUAAAAGACGAAGUGGUCGCGGAUGUAAAUGCAGGAGAAAAUGAUUCCGAUAGCAUUAGUACAGUAGAAGGUGGCGUAAACACAGAUCCCAUAACCACAGUGGAAACUAGUUGGUACAAAGAAAAAGACGAUAAUGGUGGAAUAGAUAAUCUGAUUAAUCUGGAUAAUAACUUGAGUGAUGAUAAUUCAGACACCCCAUUAUUGAAGCGACGUCGGCUUGGGCAGUUAUCCAGUCAGACCUUCGAAUGUACAUUUCGUGAGGAUGAUGGUCGGUAUCAUUGUAAUAAAUGUACCAAAGAUUUUGCAUGGAAGAAAGACGCGAAACGGCAUUUGCUGUUACAUUCCAACAUCUAUCCAUACAAAUGCACUGAAUGCAGCCGUCUCUUCCAGAGAAAGGAUAAACUUGAUAAACAUAAGGAAGUACAUUCCAAACGAGAGCAAAGAAAUUCAAAAAAAAGGAAAGUUCAUUCCAAAAGAGAUUCCGAAAUUGAACAAAUGGUAUUAGAUUCAAAUUUACAACCCGAUAUAAAUGAUAGUGAAACUAGUGAUGAUGACAGUGAUCAAGAUAAACUUCUAACAAAACAACAAAGAAGUAGGCGGUCAUCUACCAAAAAACCGGAAUUCACCUAUUGCAAUGACGAUUCUCGGUAUCAUUGUAACAGAUGUAAUAAAGAUUUUGCUUGGAAAAAAGAUGUAGAACGUCACAUAAAAAGUCAUUUCGGCAUUUUUCCAUUCGAAUGCAUCAAAUGCCAUCAUCGCUUUCAGCGAAAAGAUAAGUUUGCUGAACACUUAAAAAUUCAUGCAAAACGUGAGAAAAGCGUUCGUCGCCCUAGACCAAUACAGUGGAAUUUUGCUGAACAUCUUUAUACUGAGCAGCGAUUUCUUUCUGUAGAGUGCAAACUUUGCACUGAGGUUAUACCAAACAUUAAAACUCUACGUCAACAUAUGCAAACACAUAAUGAGGUCCAUACGUUACAUUUAGACGCUGAAAGUGACGUGAUUAAAGAGUUAUUCCCCAAUUUUAAUGGUGACAUAAUAGAAAUUAAGGAAAACAUUUGCAAAGACAUAAGGCAUAAACUGUUUGCGAAGUAUUACGCAAUUGUUAAUGCGUAUGGCUAUGAAAUGGCUUUGAGUGAUUCUGAUUCUGAAAAUGAUUCAGUUGGUGAGAAGUACGAAUGUGAAUUAUGUCACGUAAAGUUGGGACGAAAAUAUCAGCUAUUUCAACAUUCAAAGUCAGAGCACUCCCAAGACAAAUUUCCCCACAAAUGCAACGUUUGCAAGUUGGAGUUUGUCAACACAACAAUAUUUGAGAAACAUUCACGUACACAAUGCAGAAAUAAGGAUCGAAAAUAUCAAUGUCUCAAAUGUCCGGGGAAAUUUGUUUGGGUACAGAAUCUUCAGGGCCAUAAAUGCUCUAAUCGGCUAAAUGUUUAUGUACCGAAGCGUCCAGAACAGCGGAAAAGAAAUUUAUUGCGGUGUAAUUUUUGUGAUAAAACUUUUCGUUAUGCCACAGACUUGAAACGACAUCAAGAGACACAUAACUUAAAAAGUCAGUCUCAUGUGUGCCCCAUCUGCAGCCAACCCUUUUUGAAAGCAGAAAAUUUGCGUCAACAUAUGCGACAGGAUCACGAACAAAUUAAACGACGCAUCCAAUGUUGCUUGUGUGGAGAGAAACAGAAGACUCUUGCUGAGCUUCGCGUUCAUUUAUCAUGUCAUUCGGAUGGGUGGACUGGCAUCAGAUAUACAGAAGGUCAAUACUUUAAGAUUCAUUGGCCGCAAGGUUGUCAAGGAAAAGAAGGAGAGGUCGAACGUAGCAUUAUAAUAGAUUUUGCUGGACAAAAUUUAACAAACUACUAUUCGGCUGUUGAUGAGAGUGGCAAUGAGUUGGAUUUGUAUGAUUCAGAGAGUGAUUUUGAAUCGGAUAAAAAGCAAAACGGAAAUCCAUUAUCAAUACCCUAUACGUGUGAUUUGUGUGGUGAAGUUUUCUUCAGGAGAACACGUAUCCUCCAACAUCAACAUAGUGCACAUGCUGAUGGGGAAGACUCCUUCCCUCAUGCUUGUUGUCGAUGUGAGAAACGUUUCGUUUGCUUGGCCUUAUUAGAACAACACUAUAAACGCGAUUGUGGUAAUAUAUAUAAGAGAUUCGAUUGUCAACGAUGUUCAGCACGAUUUGUGUGGGAGGCAAACUUACAACAGCAUAUGCAACGGCAACACAUUGAUCCAGAGCAACAAAUAAGUCGACAACUUGCUAAUAAACUACAAUGUGAUCAAUGUAAUAAAGUGUUUAUUUGGCCAAAGGAUCUGACGCGACACAAACGGAUACACAUGCCCGAUGAUGAGAAGUUUGAAUGUCUGUAUUGUGAAAGAAAAUUCUAUCGAAAGGAUCACUUGCAGACUCACUUAAAAGUUCAUGGUUCCGGAGGGAGCAUGGCUACGACAACUGCGGCUGCCAGCAAGCGUGAGCUUAUUCGCAAAGUAAAUGCUGUCGAUCCGUAUCUCUGCCGGCCUAACGGCUGCAAAUGUGUUCAAUGCAAAAUAUGCUUAUCCAAGCAUACAAAAAUUGCAGAUUUGCGAACACAUAUCUUAGAACAUCGGACAAAUAUGUCAUUGUCACAACAUGUAACAUCGAAUUCAGAAAUUUCUUUACUUUUUUAUCCAGAUGAAGCGCCUAUGUCGAGGGAUCUACUAAUGGCGCGCAUGAUGGCUGAUAUUACAGCUGGCCAGAUGGAUCGAUUUUAUUCAAUCACCAAUGAAUUGGGCCAUGAGAUAAGCAUUAGCGGCUCCGACACCGACGACACUGAUUCAGAGUCCGAACCUGAUGAAGUAUUGUAUUUUGCUAUGGGGCAAAAUAUUCGGCAUCCAAGGCGUUCAAUAUAUAGUUGCGAUUUGUGUACCAUCACGUUCACGCGUAAGUACAAACUUUUUGCUCAUCAAGCGAGCGAUCAUAAUUGGGAUGACGCUCCCCAUGUAUGUCAACAUUGUCAGGCGCGUUUCUUGUGCGAGAAGCUGCUGCAGUCGCAUUAUCGACACCAGUGCAAGAAUUUACUGAAACGUUACGUGUGUCGCAAAUGUCCUCAACGAUUUAUGUGGAAGGAGAAUCUGAAAAUGCAUUUACGCACAAUGCACCCUGACAGCGAAGAGGUUAAGAAGUGUUUUGCACCUAGUUCAUAUGAUUGCGAGGAGUGCUCCAGAAGUUUUCAGAUGCAGAAGGAUCUCACGCGCCACAUGAUGACACAUCGAGUCGAUGCUACUGUAUUUCCAUGUUUAUGGUGUCCACGUAAAUUUUACCGAAGAAGUAAUUUAUACUUGCACAUCAAGAGGCAUGGCAUAACAUCACAUCAGUUGAGUGCUGCCGCUUCUCACAUUACUGCUUGUAAAGGGCCGAAUGGCAUAAAACAGAUUUAUUGUCGUGUUUGUAACAUAAAAUUUCAAAAAUUAUCUGCACUACGCACUCAUCUGCGGCAAGAGACGUCAGCAGUGCCAUCGUCGCACCAUAAUUACCAUUCACAGCACAAUUAUUCAAUAAUGAAUGAGUUGGGCUACGAGUUGGACAUUGACGAUUCAGAGACAGAUGAGGACGAUAAUGCUAAAACAUAUAAAUGUCAAAUGUGCGGAUUAGUUUGUAAAAGACGAUAUGAAAUGAGUCAGCAUCAGUUGUCAGUGCAUAAGCACGAGCAUAUAACACUUAAAUGUGAUAAGUGUGUAUUUAGAACCGUCACAAGUGAUAUUAUGGAACACCACAUGCGCACACAAUGUAAUAAUAGUGAAAAAUUGCACCAAUGCACGCACUGUUCAUAUAAAUUUAUGUGGCCUGAGAAUUUGGACGUGCACAUUAAGCUGGUUCAUCCAGAAGAAAGACAAAAAUCUGUUGAAGUUGCAGAAGCUGUUGUGGCAACCUCCCGCAGUGAGCCUGUCCCGCUUCAAGAAUUCCAUUGCGAUAAAUGUGAUAGACGUUAUAAUCGCAAAGAUCGCCUGAUUGCACAUAUGAAAAAAAUGCAUCCGGUAGACGGUGUUGUCCCCAGCAGCAGUAUGAAUCUUGGCGGUGUCAAUAUAUCCAACGAUGAAAAAAAGCAACCUAAAGAAAAGAAGUUUCUUUGUGCAUUUUGUGGGCGUGCUGUGAGCUCCUCAUCUAACUUGAUUGUUCACAUGCGACGCCACACAGGCGAGAAACCAUUUCAGUGUGAAUUUUGUGAUAAAGCAUUUCCACGCUCAUCUGAUUUGGCAUGCCAUCGGCGUACACAUACGGGUGAAAAACCCCAUCGUUGCACAGUUUGUGACAAGUCGUUUUCACGCUCCUAUAAGUUGCAUACCCACAUGCGUAUACAUUCUGGCGAAAGGCCGUACAAGUGUUCAUUUUGCGAGAAAAGCUUUACACAAUCUAAUGAUCUUGCUUUGCAUGUACGUCGCCAUACUGGAGAACGUCCAUAUGUGUGCAAUAUUUGCAAUGAAGGUUUUAUUCAAGGAACUGCAUUAAAAAAUCAUCGCACAUUGCGCGGACAUUUUGAAGAAGAGGAAAUUAAAUACGUUUCUGAUGUAAAGAAACAACCGAGCAGCGUAUUGCAAUUGGAUGAGCAGGGUAAUAGCUUAAUACUUUUGUAAAAAAGUUUUUCAUGAACGUUACGAAAGCUGCUGGGAAUAGAUACAAUUGUAGUUGCAAUAUUUUUUUCUUUAUUCUAUUCAAAACAAA